AGUUGCUACUUACAGCUCUUCCCACUCGAACGUCGCCCGCCGAUCGACCUGCAUUUUAAGCUUUAAGCGAAGAAAACAAACAGUUCUAUUAAUAACAUGGGCAAUCCAAUUUGGUUCAUCUUCUGGCUUCUGGUCUUCUGGAUUGUUUCAUUCGCUGUUGCGUUCUUCUGCGCUUUCUUCUACAUUGUCAUCUAUGCAAUUGUCGUCUGCGUUCCUGGACUUGCGAGUAUAGCCGACGUCCUUCUCCAGGGCUUGCAAUUCCCGCAUUAUUGUGCCAAGGCCAUGAUGGACUGCAAACCAUUAUUCUAAAAUGUACAAUACCUAAUCUUAAGUGCAAUUAUUAUAAUUUUCGAUUUUUUCAGACUUUUUAUGAUAAAUUUUAAUUAAUUAAUACAUAA